GAUACUACCCAAGUUCUAUUCUCUACAAGAGACUUAUGUCAAACACCGUCACUUCCAUUUACUAAUAUUCCUCUUACUUUAUUCUCACCCCCUGCUUUACACUCUACCUAUCAAACACUUAAUAGACUACCUUCCCAACCAUUUCAUACUAACCUAUCUUUAUUUAGUAACCAAACCACUAAUCAGCCUCUAAAUCCGAUUGCCCACUUUGCAAGCUAUAUCAACCUAUUUGCUACUCCAGUACAACCUCUAUCGCUCUCUAAAAACUACCCUCAGACUCAAAAACCUGCUUCUAUAGCCACACCUCCCCCUCAUCCACCUGUUCAAAAUCCUUCUCCAAUCCAGUCUACUCCCCAGGCAAUAAUACUUUAUAGUCCACCAGCUUAA